GGAUUAUUCUGCAGCUGUGGAUUAACCUGAAGAGGAAACACACACUCUCACCAUGGAGAUUGAAAGCAUGGUGGCAAACAGUGCUCUCAUUAAAGCCAGAGAAGGAGGAGGGAGCAAAGGACGGAGCUGGAAGUGGAAGGAGAUGCUGAAGUUCCCUCACAUCAGUCAUUGUGUGGACCUCGCCAUGAACCUGGAGCGGGAUUACGUCAGCAUGUGUGUGACGCAGCCCAUCGGGAAGAAACUGUUCCAGCUCUUCUGUCGGAGUCGGCCUGAUCUGCAGAACUACAUCUCCCUGCUGGACUCUCUGGAAGCGUUUGAGACAAAGUCCGAAGAGGAGCGGAGAGAGUUCGGCUUGAGCAUCAUUCAGAGAUUCUUCAUGAGCCAGUCCUAUCAGAGCGUCUCCUGCAUGCAGAAGCAUGAAGAGAGCUGCAUCGAGAGGCUGGAGUCAGACCCCUGUGGGGACGUUUUUCACGGAUGCGCAGAAGAUCUACAUAAGGUCCUGAGUGAGGAGCCCUUCAUCCUCUACAUGGAGAGCAUGUUCUUUGACCGUUUCGUGCAGUGGAAGAUGUUGGAGAGGCAGCCCAUCACCAAGCAGACGUUUCGGCAGUACAGGCUGCUCGGGAAAGGAGGGUUCGGAGAGGUCUGGGCCUGCCAGUCCCGAUCCACAGGGAUGAUGUACGCCUGUAAGAAGUUGGAGAAGACUCACGUGAAGAAGCGGCGAGGAGAAAGCAUGGCUCUGAACGAGAAGACAAUCCUGGAGGAGCUGGACAGUCGCUUUGUGGUGAAUCUGGCGUAUGCGUACGAGACGAAGCACGCCCUCUGCAUGGUUCUGACCAUGAUGAGCGGCGGUGACUUGAAGUUUCACAUUUAUAACAUCGGUGAGCCGGGCCUGAACAAGAACAGAGUGAGGUUCUACGCCGCAGAGGUCUGCUGCGGGUUGAUCCACCUGCACCAGAAGUCCAUUGUAUACAGGGAUCUAAAGCCUGAAAACAUCCUGCUGGAUGACAACGGACACAUCCGGAUCUCUGACCUGGGCCUGGCUAUGAGGCUGUCUGAGGGCGGACUGGUGCGAGGCAGGGUGGGCACACUGGGAUACAUGGCUCCGGAGCUGAUCAGUCACAAACAUUACGGCCGGAGCGUGGACUGGUGGGGUCUCGGCUGUCUGAUCUACGAGAUGACGGCGGGUCAGCCUCCCUUCAGGGCCCGAGGGGAACACCCCAAACCCUCCGAGAUGGAGAGAAGGAUCGAGUCCGACACGGAAGAAUACUGGGACAAGUUUAGCAAGGCUGCGAAGGACAUCUGUACUUCACUGCUGAAGAAGAACCCAACAGAGCGGCUCGGCUGCUGCAGGUUAGGGGGGCGAGAGGUCCAGUCGCAUCCUUUCUUCAAAUCUAUCAACUUCAGGAUGCUGGAGGCCGGACUCGUCGAGCCGCCUUUCAAACCGGAUCCCAGACAGGUGUACUGCAGCGACGUGCAGGACAUCGAGGAGUUCUCCUCGGUGAAGGGAGUCACUCUGGACCAGAGAGACACAGACUUCUACGCAGAGUUCAGCACAGGCAGCGUCCCCAUUACCUGGCAGAACGAGGUGAUAGAAACCGGAUGCUUCAGGGAGCUGAACACUUUCGGCCCCGAAGGAACCCGACCCCAAGACUUGGACUGGUCCCAGCUGCCCGAGAGCCCCAAACGCAGCCUGCUGGACCGGAUCUUCCGCAGAAACCAUCCUCCAGAGACGUCAGAGGACAGACAGAGCCUGGUGCCCAGUGAGACCUACAUGAACUCAGGACUGUUCAGCACCGCCCUCUAGUGGCCGGAGGAGGAAACAGACUCUUUUUUUUUACAGACUCUGAAAGAAGCCUAACAAACUGUAGCAGGAGAGAGACGUUUCAAUCUUAGCAUAGCAUCUUGUUUUUGUUUUUACAUCGCCCCUCUGUCACUCACAGCCGCCCCACUGUCUCACGCACUUUCCUCAGAUCCUCCAAAGUCACACUUUAUCUUCAUUUCUGCCUUUUUUUUAAAAUAUCAAUCACUUUCUUUUCUUUUCAGAUCUUUAAAUGUUAAUAUCUGACCACAUGCUCGCGUUGAACGUACAAGAAACAGCUCAAUUAACCCCGGACAUCUUUGAUUCUGCUUCCACGACGUCUGCAGUUUGUAAAUAAUGUGAACUUUUUAAAGUUUUUGAAGUCUGAGAUCAUUGUACAUUUUUAAAAACGUGUGUUUGACAGAUCUGUGUAUUGAUUUAUGAUCGAUUAUUUGCAUCACUUUAUCAAAUCAAAUAUAAAUAAGCUCUAAAUCAAUCAAUGCGAUACUUCCAGGUACGUUUUAACAUCGCUCAGUGGAUGAAUGGGAGUAUUAUGUUAAUAUUUCU